AUGGGUUUCCGCGGGCGUCCUGCAUCGGCGCCGCGGGCGACGGGGGCUGCGGCCGCCGGGGCGGGGGAGGGCGCCCUCCCGCUCAACCUCUCCUUCGGCAACUUUGAGUUCGAGGCGAUGAAGAGCGUGGGGCGGCGCGGCGGCGGCGCGCGGGAGUUGGCCUCGCUGCUUCGCCACGCCAAGCGGCAGACGGCGGCCCACGCCUCACAGCUCGGCUCCGCGGCGGGCCUGGAGAGGCGGCAGGCGGACCUGCUUGACGUCGCCCUGCGCCGCGCGGCCGGGGCGAAGGUGAAGGACGACCCGAAGCGGCUGGCGAAGGCGCUGGCGAGGCGGCGCAACAAAAAACGCAGCUCCGCGAAGAAGUGGGCGGGGCGGAUGGAGAAGCUGCAGCAGUCGGUGAACACCGUGGUGGAGGACCGCACGAUGGCGCGCCAGGCCGCGCGGAUGCGGCGGGAGGGAAAAGAGAAGGAAAAACAACAGAAGCGUGAAACGAAGCGCCCCCGCGCGGCGGCGGCUACGAAGGCGAAGAAGGCCAAAAAGGGCGGCGACAAGAAAAAAGGCCCUGCCGCGGCUGCGAGAAAGAAGAAGCACAGGCAAGGCAAGAAGUAA